GCAAAUGAUUCCCAUAUAUUUGUGUAACAACAUGAAAUGUUUGGUUGGUCCGGCCCCCAGCGCGCAAGUCCAAUAACAUUAUUUUGCCUAUUGCUAAUUAUUUCAAUUCAGACAAACGCAACUGUGCCCAGCAAUAUGGAUUCAGCAAAGAAGCGGCCAGUGAGUUUGCCCGUCAAGCAGGUCGCCACAUGGAGGAGAGGGCCUGAGAGUAAAUUGAACGUCCGACGACUGUACGAUGCCUAUAAGCAGCGACUGAAACUGCAGGACGAUCGGGAUGAUCACGCCAAAGGUGUGCGUUCGGCAGCCGGCUCUGCCAGAAACACCAACCACGCCCACAAGGAACAGAGGUUGAAGGUUGUAAAGCUCAUGAUAUCUCCCACAAGAUACGAUGCAACGGACGAGCGCCAAAACGAAGACAACAACAAUAUGAGCCCAAAAAAGACCACGGAUGUAGAGGAUGAGCAGAACGAUCGAGAAAAACCGGAUGUGAAGCAUCCAGUCGUCAGUGGUAUGAUGAUAUUAAAGGUGGAUAUGCCGACACCGAACCCUGACCCAAAGCCCAUUCAGAUGCCUCUCGGACUUUCCCAGCUGAUUCACCUCUAUGAUGAAUAUACCAAGUCCUGGCGCCAACCUUCAGGGGAGCUCAAGCCGAUGCCUGUAUACGAGGAAGCAUCUAAUGCCGAGCCCAUCAUCACGGAAUCUGCUCCAAAUGCGUUACAUAAGCUUUUCAAUGUGUUACAGCAUCUGGAGUUGGACCCGGAUGCGCUUAAAAUCAACAGGCCACCCCAACCAAGUAACAAUCGCGAGAGUGCAGGACCUUCCGAUAGAAACGAGGCACCCCAUCGGGACGACUUUAAUGUACUCUUGCACAGGCUGGAACCGAAGCUCUCCUCGAAUAUAUUUAAGCGGGUGACCGACGAAAUAGGUGCCAUACGAAGCCACAUCAAGGCGGGUGGCCUCUACGAUGAGUACAAAAAAAGGCUCUGCCAGAUACUGAGGGAUCAGAAAAACACACGCAAUAUCAAAUCCGACGAUUCCGGCAUAACCAGCGAAAGUGAUAUGCCCAUCGAUAGCGAGAAUUCGAGGAAGACAAAUAGCGUAAACGACUGCUGGUGUGACGCCUCAAAACCAGCCAAGUUUGCAACCGAGAAAGCGCACGCCGUGGCCAGAUUGUUCGCCAAGGAUAAAAUGCUAAGGAAAAACAAACCAGUCAGCAAUGUGAAAGGAAAGCCACAGAACGGCUAUGCGAAAGCAUUGGAUGCAUUCGCUUUCUGCGGAGCGGAUGCUUGCAAGGGCAACGGUGGCCAAAAACCAUAUUAUCUGCCCAACUCGAAGAACCGCCAGCUGGUGUGGAACGAAGUGCCUUUGUUGAAAAAGGGCGAUAGUUCUAGUAACAGCUCUAGAUUGAACGCUGUUAAUACUACGGAUGGCUCGACAUUUGUAGGGCCUGUAGCUGGACCGACCGCUGAUGGCGGUACAUCUGGAUUUGGUCUCAAGUUUAAAUCUAAAACUGGUGAACGACCUACCUUCAGCAAUCUUCCCAGCAAGCCCUAUUCCGGCCUAGAUCCAGCACAUAUUAGAACAGCCAUUCAUAACUUUAGGAACACCUCCUUCUUCAGCCUGUACGAUGAGUACCAAAAGCAAAUUGAUAACCUACACAAGGUACUGAAGUCAAAGCAAAACUGGUGGAACGAGGCACAAAACUGGACAAGCAAUGGUGGAGCUAUUCCUGCGGAAGUUUUUCCAGCCGAUACUGAAGCAAGCUCCGAGCAUAACCACAUUCCAUCUUCCCUAGCCCAGCUGGAAGAAGGUGUUGGUAUAAGCAACAAUAAUCACAUGGUCUUCCCGGAUGUACUCACUCAGGCCUUGGCCUCGUCAAUGAAUGUACUGAGUCCUGGUCCCAUCACUGGGUCUGGCGGCGUACUCGAAAACAUGGCUACGCAAUUGAAUCUGUCUCCAGUCGAAUUGGCCCAGCGAAUCGCGAAUGUUGGGCAAACGGGCGACACCCGAAUCCUGCGAAAUGAAAUGUUGGCUCCAAAUGCAGGACCAGCACCUAACUCCAUGCCGCAAUCAGCCAGCUCGACCAGCGCUGCUCGAAUGCCGGCGGUAAGCCCAAUGCCCGCCAUAAAUGUUCCAGUAAAGCUAGCCGAGAAUGCGAUCGACACAACACAGUCCUCAAACUUGGCCCCCAUACUAGACAAGAUACUGCAACGACUUCAGACCAUGCAGCAGGCCAAACUGGAGGAGACAACAGAAGACGCAGUCGCAGUGGCUCCUACAACAGAUAAACCGCUGCCUUGCUGCUUUGCUGAUCCCACGGAUGGAGCACCGUGUGAUCUAAUUGGCUCCUGGGAGUCCCUGCUGCUGGGGGUGCGCAUCAACAUCAAGGACACCAGAGAGAAAGCUGAAGAUGAUUACAAGCCGACCUGCGCUCAGCCCAAAUAUCGUCGCUUCAGUGCUGGGCGAUUCUCUCGCCAAUGUGUCAAGAUCAACAGCAGCCAAAUUCGGGAGCUAUCGGAAGCCAAGGCCGUUGAUAAUGCCGUCUCCUUGAAUAUAAGCAUACAGGAGACGGUGCCGCCUCGUGCCCAUGAUAUCAUUGAGAAUGUCACCGAGUGGUCAUUCACAGGACAUACGCUGAGCGCGCUUGGCGGACCGUUGUCACUCUCUUGUCGCAAAAUCGACUCCAAUCUGAUUGGCACCUUUGUCGGCUAUUGUCGCACGUGCGGCUGUGUGGACACCAUUUUCGGGUCAUGGACAUUUUGCACACCCUCUCAUGACUGUCAGGACAUCACAACGUCAAUCUUCGAACGACGCGACAUGCUGCGUCGAUACAACAUGGACAGCAAACGAAAGGAUCGCUUCAAGGAACAGCUUUACAAGAAGAGUAAAUUUGCAAAGGCAGAGAAAGAUCGCUUACUUGCGGAGCAGAAAAAAAUGAGUCGGAAAGGAUAAGUUUUAGGCAUAUUUCCAUCUAUUCAUCCAUCCUAAUGCAGUGGAUGGUUCAGCUUGGGUUCAGUUUAUUUUAAUUUCAUUUAUUUUGAUGUAUUUAUGUAUGUAUGUAUAUAUAUUUAUAUAUGUAUAUAUAUUUGAAAUGGUUUAUAAAGCUUGA